AUGGGCUACCUGGACUCUGCCACGCUGCGUCUGGCGGUGGUGACAACUUUCCACACCGCGCUGGCAAAGACUGCGGACGCCGCCACGAAGGAGGCGGUGGCGAGGUCCUUCCUCAUGGAGCUGGGGCUGCGGGAGAGCGACUCCAUCAGCGAGGCCCAGUUCUUCGAGAAGAUGGCGCCCCAGCUGGCGGCGAACCUGCCAGCGGCCGUGGGACUGGGCCAUCCUGGAAACGCGCUGGAUGUGAAGCUACCGCUCUCGCUCCGGCUCCGUGAAAUGAAGACGGGCGCGGAGCGGCCCCUCUACUUCGACUGCGCUGGCCAGGUGACGGUGGGCGAGCUCCGCGAGGCGACGCACCGCCGCUUCCCGGUGCUGCUUUGCAGGCGCAAGGCGAAGCUCUUCGUCAUGGGUCAGCAGUUGGAGGACGAUCAGCUUCACCUCUUCAAAGUUCGGGGAAUCUACGACGGCGCCACGGUGAACUUCAUGCCGGGCCAGCGCCUCGCGGACUGCGAGCUGAAGAGCCCAGGCCACCAGGACCUGGACGACACCAGCGACGCCUUCGACUCCGAGGACGACGACUCCGACUCCGACUCCGACGCCGACGCCGAGAAUCUCGAGAAG